UGCAGUUUGGGACGAACGAGAUCCGUUGAGCAGCGGAGCGCCCGCCUGGCUGGCAGACUGUCUGUUUCUAUCAGUUGUGUUCAGAUUAUUGCCGUCAGUCAGCAUGGCCCUUCUCUCCACUCUCACGCCGGUGUUCGUGGCUGUUUUAUGCGUGAUCCUAGUUUUUCUGUUCAAAAGCUCUCAGAAGAAGGAGAACAAGGCAGUGAAACGCGAGCCGAAGCCCGAGGCCGAGGCCCGACCAUGGGUAGACGAGGAUCUUCAGGACGACACAGAGAUCCGACACAAAGAUGAAGAGGAUGGUGAUUGGGUGGAGAGUGGUGGGGAGGAGGAGCUGGCCCACGUGCCCUACCCGGCUUCUCGGUACCACGUAGAGGUCAUGGUUCAGAGGUCACAGGACUUCUUCAACCUGAUGAACCAGAGGAGGUCUGUCCGCUUCAUCAGCCCCGAGCCCGUUCCACGACAGGUCAUCGACAACGUCAUCCGCACUGCAGGCACAGCCCCCAGUGGAGCCCACACAGAACCCUGGACGUUUGUGGUAGUGUCAGACCCAGAGGUGAAGCACCAGAUCAGGCUAGUGGUGGAGGAGGAGGAGGAAGUCAACUACCGUCAGAGGAUGGGGGACAAGUGGGUCAGUGACCUGCAGAGGCUCAGGACUAACUGGGUGAAGCAGUAUCUUGAUGUGGCUCCCUACCUCGUGUUGAUAUUUAAACAGACGUACGGCAUCGUAGCUGGAGGACAGAAGAGGACUCAUUACUACAAUGAGAUCAGUGUGUCCAUCUCCUGUGGCCUGCUAUUGGCCGCGCUGCAGAAUGCAGGUCUGGUGACGACGACGACGACGCCCAACUGCGGCUCCCAGCUCAGGCUGCUCCUCGGUCGGCCAGCCAAUGAGAAGCUGCUGAUGCUACUUCCUGUUGUACCUCCCGCCCACGCCACCGUGCCCGACCCUCACCCGCAAGCCACUGACGACAUCAUGGUACACCUGUGA